CCUCCUGCAUUCUGCCAAAGACAGCCACAGGGCUCUGCGGGGGCCAGGAGUCGACACCGGCUCCAGGGCACACUUUACCUUUGGUUGAAUGUGCAUGAUUCCUGCUGCCCAGAGUGACUGUUGUGCAGCAAAUCCCUCCACUCCACGAUCCUGUCGGUCUGUCCCGGGGACGAAAGAGUUAACUCCCCAAGGUGAGCAGCCUCGGGGCGCGCACCUGAGCACUGCAGGCUGGGCGGGCGCGCAAUGGCAGGCAGGUGCGCCCCGCGGCCACGUGGACCCGCCUUCCCGCAGAAAAGGCCCGCGGCGCGGGUGCUGAUCCUGGGCGUCUUCCUGUCUGUUUUGCGGAGCGCCAGCUGGAGAGAAGAUCAAGCCACACAUGGAAUUUACAGCCAGCUGCUCCAUGGAGAUCUCCACACCCACCAAGGAUGUCUGGAACUACAUCCCAGUAGAACUUCUGAUCCACAUAUUUUCCUACUUGCCUCUCAAAGGCAGAAAUACAGCCUUCUCCGUCUGCCAGCGCUGGGCUGAGACAGUUUCUUCCCCUUCUGUUUGGAGUUUCACUGAGAUCAGUUUCAACACAGUGGAUGCAUGUAAGGGAGACCUGUUGGUGAGACUGUACCAGUUCCUGCAGCAUAUUGAACACCUGAAGAUUGUGGUUGAUCAGACGCAACAUCUCUAUCGUAUCCAGGUCAACAAGAUUUUAGAUGUGCUGUUUUGGAGGGGCCAAAAUGUGAGAGCACUCUGUAUUGUGUGCUGUGGAGAUAAUCUUUAUUUCUAUUCUUGCCCAGACAUCUUGCAGAGCUUCAGCGGACUUAUUAAGUCAGCAGAACAGACAGAUUUUCAGUAUAUUAACUUGCGAAAAACUUCUUUUAAUCUGAACAAUGACUUGGUCCUAUGGAUUGUAUACCGCAACUCCAAUUUGCACACCUUGUUAUUCAACUACCACCGCUCUGAUCUAACUAUCCUCAGUCCAGAUACCAUCUUUUCGGUUCUGAGGUGUUGUCCUGGACUAGCUGUAUUGGGGAUCCAUCUUGCAUCCUUCUCUGAAGAUGUAUUUCACGUACUGUUGAACCCAAGCAGAGGACCCCUAAAAUUCUUGGGCAUCUUCUGUGACGGCGAAGUAAGCCCCAUCCCUGAAGAGGUUUGGUCUACUCUGACUGAGAGACACCCACAACUCCGGGUAGGGUUGGAGUUUGGACCCCUGGUCCAUACUGUGAUAAUAUCUCGCUUUUUAAAGCCCAAUAUUCCUGUGUCCGCUUUGCACUUCAACGGCUGCAUAUGUAUGGUGAACCACAUUCGGUAUAUUACUGACACCUAUUUCAGGACUUUGGAGAAACUGGUCUUUUAUACUUCCGCCUCUGAGAAUCUCAACCAGGCGCUCAUAGAGCUGGCAUUGGGCAGUGAGAAUCUGAAGGAGAUCUAUUGUUCCUGUCCAGUUAGCCCAGCUGUGAUCAAUGCUUUCCUCGUUCAUUGCCCCCGUCUGAUCCGAUACACUCUAAAAAAGAACCCUCUCUACUAAUUACUGAGCUGGCAGUGCAAACAGCACAGAGUUGAAAUAGGCUGACAUUCUGCUCUUGGAUACAGACGCAUCCAUAAAGUAACUCUGGUACAGGGAGAGUUGAGUGUCAGUGUUGGGUUCUUAACGUACAAUUUGACUGAAGCCAAGUACUUGGACUUUACAGGACAGUAUGCUGGUCUCUUUGCUUUGGAGACUGGUGGUUAAAAUGUUUGAUAGAGUAUGCAUUUUAAACAUUUAAUAUUGUAUUAAAGGUUUGCAUAUACA